GAGCUCCGCUGUGACAGGGCAGGACGCGUUUCCAUGGUAACGCGGGCGGAGCGCUGACACAUGACCGGUAACGUAAUGCGGGACGAGCCUUGAUUGACAUCCGGACCUGGAUCCUCCCCUUAUCCGGUUGGAUGAGCGCUUGCUGAGCGUCUGAGACCUUAGAAGUCGGUGGUAUUGUGGCUGCACCGACCACAUGUAGCAGUGCUGUUCUUAAUGUUCCACUAAAACAAAUGAAUAUUGACAGAACGUGCUGCAAGAAUGAAAAGAAAGAGCUCAGUUUCUGAAGGUGUUGAAUUUAUUUUUACACCACUAGUAAUACUAGAGCUUGCCAAAGAUACUCGAGAGGAGACGACAGAAUGGCUAAUUCAAAAAAUCAAAGAUGCAAAGCACUUGGGCGGAGCUCAUUUGAGUAUCAGACCUUUGGAGGAAAACUCCAAAGUAUAUGUUAUCGGAGCAUCUUGGAAAAGGCUACUGCUUGGAGCUGAAAGCUUGGGUUUCAUUAAGGAAUUUCAGGAUGGAUCAAUGAGAGUCUUUACAUACAACAAUAGAGAGGAUUACAAACAUUUUACAGAUGAUGACAGUGAUUUUCUGACGAUGGCAGAAAAGCAGUACAUUAUCAAGCGUGAAUUGGAAAAUCUGAGGGCAGUAAAUGAGACCAUGGUCCCUGGUCACCCACAAGCCAAACUCUACCCUGGAAAAUCAAUCUUUCGCCGUUUGCAAACCAGUGGAAUUCUAAUUCAACUCUAUCCCCUGCAUGACCCAGCAGAACUUAAAAAGCUCAGCUUUAUCUGGUAUCGGCAAGUAAAAUUUUCCUUUCAGCCCCUUGAUGAAAUCCAGAAAUACUUUGGACAGAGUAUUGCACUUUAUUUUGCCUUCUUGGAAUAUUUCACCUUUGCCUUGUUUCCCAUGGCUGUAAUUGGAGUGCCUUACUAUGUAUUUGCAUGGCAAGAUUAUGACAAGUACGUAGUGUUUGCCACUUUCAACCUUGUGUGGUCAACCAUUGUCCUGGAAGUCUGGAAGCGUUGGUGUUCUAGACUUUCCUAUAAGUGGGGGACACUGACAAUGAAGAGAGAGUUUGAAGAACCUCGGCCUGGUUUUCAUGGAACGUUGGGAGUGAAUCCAGCAACUGGCAGAAAGGAACCUACAUAUCCUUCUUACCGGCGACAGCUGCGAAUCUACUUGGUUUCAGUGCCUUUUGUCUGCUUGAGCCUCUACAUCUGUAUUUUCGUUAUGAUGAUCUACUUUAGAAUGGAGGAUCUGGUCUUGGCCUAUAAUGAAGAGGCUCAAACAAUGUUCAGCAAUAUCUUGCUGUAUGUCCCAAGUGUUGUUUACGCUUUAGUUAUUGAAAUAAUGAAUCGAAUCUACAGAUAUGCUGCCAUAUUUUUAACUUCGUGGGAAAACCACAGGCUUGAAUCAUCUUAUCAAAAUCAUUUAGUUUUGAAAGUGUUGGUGUUCAAUUUUGUAAACUGUUUUGCAUCCCUUUUCUACAUUGCAUUUAUCCUUCAGGAUAUGAAACUUCUUAGACAGAAUCUGGCUGCCUUACUCAUUACCUCACAAAUAAUCAACCAGUUUGUGGAAUCCUUAUUUCCUUACUGGCUUCAAAAACGUCGCAAAAAGAUUAUCAAGCAGAAGCUAAGUAUAUCAAGUAAAGAAAAGGAGCUUCCAUUAACUGAUCAAGUCAAGCUGGAAGGGAAAAUGGACACGUUCUUGGGAACAUUUGAUGAUUACUUGGAAUUGUUUCAACAGUUUGGCUAUGUCAGUCUUUUCUCGUGUGUUUACCCUCUGGCGGCUAUAUUGGCAAUUUUGAACAACAUCACUGAAGUGUUUUCUGAUGCUCUGAAAAUGUGUCGUGUCUUCAAACGACCAUUCUCCCAGCCUGAACCUGACAUUGGAGUCUGGCUGCUGGCUUUCGAAACUAUGGGAGUUAUCUCGGUGAUGACCAACUGUGCACUGAUUGGGAUAUCGCCCCAAGUGAAGAGUUUCUUUCAGGAAAAAAGCAUAGAGCUUGUCCUAUUAAUUGUGGGUGUGGAGCAUGUACUGUUGGGUCUGAAAUUCAUCCUGGCAUUUGCCAUUUCUGAUAUACCAAGAGACAUUCGUAAUAAAGUCGCCAGGCUGGAAUUCGAGUCCAUGGAAGCCCUCAAACAUAAGCAAUUGAAGGAAGCUGAUGAGUCACUCAAAAAGGAACAGCAAAAUGUUGAAAUGAGAAAAGAAGACAAAGCCAAGAUGAUUUAGUGUAAU